UGCAGCACCACACAACUCGUCCAGUGCUUCUUUCUUCUUAUUGAUGCAUGACCUUGACCCUCUUUCUCUCUCUCUCUCUCUCUCUCUCAUUCAUCCAUCCUAAUCCUGAAGCCCACAUCUUCAUGGUGGCAUGGCAGCACUUGAGCUACGCUACUAAGCUACUCACUUUGACUUUCCCGCCUCGUGUCUCAUUUGGUCUGUCUGACAGAUCGUUGGAGAUCAGCUCUCACUCAUUUCAGCAUCUCCGUAGUUACUUUUCACUUUCAAUCUCUUAAUUUAAUCUCUCGUUCCCCGGCUUUUGUUGCACCCCCGCUUCCUACGCCGAACCCGCUAAGCGACCAACUGGUGACUACCACUGACUGGUGGCUGCUCCCUAUACCGCUCCCACCUCUCCGAUUUCCCCGUCCACCCUGCGCCCAGAGUCCAGUGUGAGAGAUCCUCCUCCUCUUUCCA